AUGAUCAAACCUUCCCAGGCCUCUGGCCGUGAUUCCACCCAAAUUGCCAGCACUUCGGGUGCUGAUGCUAUUGCUGAUGUGCACUAUGCUACGGGAUCGGAAUCCUACCACCAAGACGAUGAUAGGAAGGGUGCAGGCGAGCAAAAGCUCGGUGUCCCGGCCUCGUCUUCGUCGUCUGAGCACAUGGAGGAUAACUCGACCAAAGUCUCUACCCAAAGCCACGCUACCAAGACCUUCGGUAAUACCUUCUUCUCUCGAGACCUGGGGCGUAACUGCGUUGCCUUUGCGAUUGUUUUCAUGGUCGGGUUCCACGUCGGCGCGACGGGGCUAAAGUGAGCACCGCCUUUUACCCCUGUUCCGUUCCGGGGCGCGACCUUGCGCUGAUCUCCGUCGCUGACUUUUCCGAGCCCGGCCGACUUUGUUGGCUGGGACGCAGUCUUUCCCUCAUCCGAGAACACUACAAUUUGGCCUACGAGCAAGUGUCAACGAUUUUUGGGCCCAUGAUUGUGGGGCAAGUUGUUUGUUUCCAGUUGUUGACAAGUCCACUUGGGCUGCACUGAACCCCUGGUUUCUGGCGCGGGGAACGCCGUAGAUUUCUUUUGGCAUGCGGUGCUAGCCCUUACCUCAUCCAACAUGUUGGCCUCCAAUGGGCACUCGUCGUCUCAUGCACGACGUGGUGUGUCGCGUGCAUCGUUCUCGUCGUGCAGCCGCCUUUUCCCGUGCUCGUCCUCGCGUUUGCAACGCUCGCCGCCGGGGCAGGUUUGUACGAAGCCCUUCUCGCCACCGUCAUCAGUCACAACAAAGACCCCGGUGCGUACUACAGAAGGCUUGGUGACCAGAUUUCUGGCACCCUCUAUCUGACUGACCCAUGUCGAAUGCAGUCAUCAUGUCAUGGCUCUACGCCAACUUUGCCGUCGGCGCCGCCUGUGCCCCCAUCGUCGUCGGAAGUUUCGUGGCCCACGAGAUCGGAUGGAACAAGUUCUACAUCGUACUUCUCAGCCUAUCGCUCGGCCUCGCGGCGUUUGCGCAUCUCGUUUUUUGGGGAUACGUCUCUCCGUCAGAGACCGUCGCCAAGGAGGAAGCGGACCCAGCCGCGACGACCGAUACAGAGUCUCAGCGCCGUUCCGAAGCCGGGGGCACGCUGGACUCUGCUUCGGUUCUCAAUGUUGUGAACGAUAGUGCCAAGGCUGAUCACCUUCUUGCUUCGACGACCGCGCGCCUGCGCCGUUCACUCCGACUCAAGAUUGUCUGGCUCGGCCUCGCGCUGCUGUGCCUCGCGUACGCGACGACGGACUUGCUCGCGGCGUGGACGUCGACUUAUCUCCUGGCCGUCAAGCACGCAUCCAAGCCGGCGUCCAAGUACUUGCUCUCGGGCUACUGGGCGGGUCAGUGUCUCCGUCACUCAUGUCGUUGUAUCUUUCUCCUUCUUCUCUCAUGUCUGACAAAUCCUCGCACUCACAUGACUGCGAUCAUACAGGAGUCGCCUGCGGUCGGGUCGUGCUUCCUUGGGCGCUCUACCGACGUCUCGGGGAGCGCCUGUUUGCGAGCGUACUACUCACGAUCGCUGCUUCGAUGUUGACGAUCAUGUGGGUCGUCAAGUCAUACGAGCUUGACGCCGUCGCCCUCGCCGUUUGCGGCUUCGUCAUCGGUCCCAUCAGCCCGCACGGUCUGUCGACGAUCAGCUCUCGGGUCCCCGCUGCUCUGCGCCCUUCGGUCGUCGCCUUCACGCUAGCGUGCGCCGUGACGUGCGGUGGGAUCGUGCCCCUGUCUUUUGGCUUUGUUGCCGGUAAGGGGUGGCUGUCGAGUCUGCCCAGCUGCUUGAUUUUCAUGUGCGUGCUCGCGGCCGGGGCGUGGCUCUUGCUGCCCAAGACGCACGAAGAGGUCUUGAUCUCGGAGACGACUGCAGUCUAG